UUGCCGUCAACGUGCACCAUUUUAAAACUGCCAGAAGAAGAGGAGGAGGCUAUAAGCUGACAAGAUGAUCGGCGAUCUGUUAAUUUUCUGCACUUUGUUAAUGAACGCCGGCGCUGUUUUGAACUUUAAACUGAAAAGGAAAGAGUCGCAGUCGCACGGAUUCGGUGAUGAUCCAGGCCGAGCCACUACAGGUGAUAACAUCCGGGAGUUUUUACUGAGUCUGCGCUACUUCCGCAUUUUUAUAGCGCUGUGGAACAUCUUCAUCAUGUUCUGCAUGAUCCUGUUAUUUGGAUCCUAACCCAGUCCCUGUUCCCAGCCUGGACACACUAACAUGAAGGACAAUCCUCAACACUUUUCUUUUUCUCUAGUGGGAUGUUCAACUCUGGCUUAGCCCUCUCAAGCAGGAAAUUUCUUAUUCGUUUCCUCUACUGUAUCCACUUAGCCACUGUCUCAUGGGUCAACUAAAGGUUAUGUCAAAAGACUUAAAGAUGUGUGUUGAACAUGCUGUCUUUAUUCAUGUCAGACUGACGCAUUGCCUAAAUUCGCAUGUCAGUUGAUGUGCUUGUGAUCGUCAGCGUUUUGUGAACAUCAGGUCAUGCAUUGUGCAUCGGAUAAUAGAGCAGCGUCCUGAAUUUAAUAAUAUGUUUUUCUCAACUAAAAAAAAUCAAAAACAAUUUUGUUGUAAUAGGGGAAAUAAGUAGUCAAUGUUGUUUUGACUAUUGAAUUAUUUUAUUAAAUGAGAAACCAUUUUAAAACAAAUUAUUAAACAAGAUCACAUUGUUUAAAUGUUUAAAAAACAGCUGUUGGUUUUAGUCAGUUUCGAUGCAAAAGUCUAAACUGAUUUUAAUUUUCUUGCCACUAAGCUUCUAUUAAAAGUGACUUGCAUUA